ACGCGGCAGGUAGUGAUGGACUGGCGGCGGACAGGGAGCCCGACGUACGGCCGCCGGCGCUCGGGGGCGGGGAUCUACUCCGCUCCAGCGUCCCCGGCACAUCCCCUCGUUCAUCCCGAGCCGUCGCCAGUGCACCCGCUGGCCGCGCGGUCCAAGGCUCGAGCCGCGGCCGCGCUGGCGCAUGUCAUGGCGCGCCCGGGCACGCGGGUCGCCGCCGCGGAGGAGGACGACUACGAGAACGGGUACGGAUACGACGUCGGAGAUCAGGUGGCCGGCGGAGCUACUAACGGGCGGCACGACGGUGGCCGCAGCCCCUUGCACGGGUACGGCGGCCGGAGCGCCGGCGGCGUCGUCAAGGACAAGUACUUCGGUUUCGCGUUGCCCAAGUUAGGUCGGAACGGUGUGGACUCAGGUGCAGCAAACCGCCCACAAUCAGCAGGAAGGUCGAGUUUUGCACCACCUGUUGGGGCUAAUGUGAGGCCUCUACAAGCUGUGGAGGUGCCCAAUGGGACACCUAGGGAAAGAAGGACAAUCUAUCCAGAUCCUACUUUUGCGCAGUCCGCAAGAUCAAGGGACUCACAUGACAGUUCAACACUAACAGAAGAGGUUGAGAUGCUCAAAGAUGAAAAUGUGAAUCUUUUGGAAAAGCUUGGACUCGCAGAAGAGAAAUUCAGACAAUCUGAUGCACGAACAAAGGAGCUUGAGAAGCAAGUUGCUAAUCUUGGUGAUGGGUUAUCUAUGGAAGUCAAGCUUAUGAAAAGGAGAGAGGAGAUGCUAGUGAGAAAGGAGCAAGAAAUAAGGAAAGCGCUUAUAUCCAAGAAUGAUAAAAGUGAGGAAAUCGCCACUCUAAAACAACAACUCCAGUCUGCAAGUGAAAAGGCAUCAGUUGCUGAGCGGAAACUCAAUGAAGCCGAAUCUGAAAUGAAAGCCUUGCGCACAAUGACACACAGGAUGAUUCUGAGCAAAGAAGAAAUGGAAGAAGUUGUUAUGAAGAGAUGUUGGCUUGCCCGUUACUGGGGCUUGGCAGUUCAAUAUGGCAUCUAUCCAGACAUCUCUAUGUCAAAAUAUGAAUACUGGUCUUCGUAUGCUCCUCUUCCCCUUGAGUAUGUGACAUCUGCUGGACGUAGAGCUAAGAAUGGAUCUCAUCAUAGUGGGAAUACUGGUUUGGAAGAAACAGACAUGCUUGUUCAUGAUUUGAAUGUCACGGCAGGAGAAGGCAACAUAGAAACAAUGCUUGCUGUUGAUAAAGGACUUAAAGAGCUUGCCCUUUUAAAGGUUGAGGAUGCUGUGCUUAUUGCUCUUGCUCAACUCCAUCGUCCUAAUGUCGCGGAGCUAUCAGAUCCAGAUAUUAAAUCAUCCGGUGAUGAAAAAUUCAUUGAAGCAUUUGACCUAAGCAAGGAGGAAGAGGAAGAUGUAUUGUUCAAGCAGGCUUGGCUCAUCUAUUUCUGGAGAAGGGCUAAAACCCAUAAUGUCGAAGAAGAUAUCGCGGAGGAACGGUUGCAGAUGUGGAUCGAUCGACAUGAGCAGCAACCAACUUCACAUGAUGCUGUAGAUGUUGAGCAAGGUACACAUGAGCUGAGGAAGCUUGGAAUCGAACAACUACUGUGGGAAUUCUCCCGCCAGGAGGUGAACGCGGCCAAAGGUGAAUUAUCUGAUGCCAAGGGUGAAUUGUCAGAUGCCGAGGAUGAUCUGACCUAGGAGACUCAAAAUUCUCAACCAGCGGUCACCAUGGAUCGCUCCCAUUCAUCUCAGUGGCACGCCACCUGUGUACUCUACAGAAACCACAGGACAUUAGAAAUAUGUUUUUAGUUUUGGUUUGGAGUUCAAGACUUCAGAGUUCCAACUCCUGAACAGUUCACUGAAAAAAAAAUGGUGAUUAAACAUAGGGAUGUACUUUCAGCAAUCAGCUGGCCUAACAGAUAGCUGGAAUAGUCACUGCACAUUAUUACCCAUCACAUUUGCUGUCAUUUUUGUGUGAAUCAAGAUUCUUUUUGCUGCUUAUUGUCAA